AUGGUCGCCAUGUCUCUUUACAACUACGAUCUGGAGAUUACGAAGAUCGCCGGCUACACCUUUGAAUCGCCAAAGCUUUUAGAAGGCGUGGACAAUGUGGCCAUUGCAUAUGGACAAAGAACUAGGGAUAGAUUACCUGUUGUCGCCAAGCUUUCUUAUCACACCUUACGACUUGAGCGAGAAUACCAUAUCGUUAAACGACUCUACCGUUAUGCGGAUGCCAAACAGCUGCUAUGCCAACCACUUGAAAAGAUCUCGCUUCCCAACGGCUUAAUUGCACUUAUCUUUGCCGAUUAUGGCACCAACUUGUUGGACAAAUGUCAGCCAACACCCACGACACAAGAUGAUGAAAAUGGCAACAACAAGUCAGCAUUUGAUAUCCCUUCCUUUCUCGAUUUCGCCAUCCAAUGUUGCAAUUGUUUAGAGUUGAUCCAUAAGCAACAAAUUGUUCAUGGUGAAAUCAAAUUGAAUGCAUUCUUAUGGCCCGAGAAAGAGACCGUCAAAAUAUGGAACUUUGGAUCAGGUGCACGCAGCUUGGAAGUCAAUCUUACUUCGGAAGGAUGGCGUAAAACGGUUCAUCGCAACGGUGCAUACAACUUUUGGCAAAUGUUGAUUUACAUGUCACCAGAGCAAACGGGUCGAACCACCUUUCAACCUGAUCAUCGCACCGAUUUAUACAGUCUCGGCAUUACCUUCUUUGUCGUGCUCACCCAAUCCAUGCCGUUUGCUCACAACAGCCCCAUGGAAAUCGUUCACAGCGUCCUCAACCGCAAAAUACCAUCAUUAACUCAAGUACGAGCUGAUGUACCUACCGUGGUUUCAUCCAUUAUUGAAAAACUCACAAGCAAGUCUCCUGAUGAACGAUAUUCAAGCGCACAUGGUUUACGUGAGGAUCUUAAAGAGUGUCAACAACAGCUACAGCAAACAGGCGACAUUGCGGCAUUUCCAUUGGGACGAUGUGAUAUUGCAAGCGUAUUCACACUACCCAACGCAUGCUUUGGUCGAUCCAAGGAAAUUGAGCAGAUCAGCGGCAUUAUUCGUAAAACAGCAUACAUGUGUGGCCAUCCUACUUCACGACGAUCACGCUAUGGCAACACAAUGGAUUCUUUUCUGGCACCUUUCAAUACCGAUGAACGCGACAAGAACAACAAGUUGCAUUUAUUCAAACGUGUCAGCAGCAAUCAAAAGUUGAACAGUGCCAUUGGCAAACGACCCACUGAAAUGGUAGCCAUCUAUGGAGCAGCAGGUGUUGGCAAAUCGACGCUUGUACGUAAUAUCCAGCAGGUGGCUCGUGAAUAUGGUUACAUUGCCAUUGCCAAGUUUGAUCGACGCAAUCCAACACCCUACGGCUGUAUUUUGCGGUGCUUGAGUAUCUUCCUAAAGAACAUCUUGACCGAACCACAAUACGAGAUUGAGCGAUUUUCGAGGAUGCUUCGAGAGCAAUUGGGUGAUCAUGCCGUGACUCAACUUCCAACACUUUUACUUGACAAUGUACCUGAGAUUCGUACCAUUCUACACGAGGUGACACCGACCAAGCUUUCACGAGAUUGUGAUAUUGGUGGCAGUGAGAUCAAGAUGCGGUUUCAUUCUGCUUUUAUUGAAAUCUUCCAAGUGAUGGUGCGAUUCAAAUUUGUGACGCUGUUUCUGGAAGAUCUCCAUCAAGCAGACGAAGCCUCACUUGAAUUGCUUGGUUCAUUGAUUGCAGCACGACUUCAAUUCCUUGUCAUUCUCACGUAUCGACGAUCUGAAGUAUCCGAUGAGAUUCACAAGCUACUCGAGAAUGAGAAUUCCAUUGUGACCUAUGUCAAGCUGGAGAAUUUGGAUGAGGAAGCAUUGAUGGAUUUGGUGCGUACGCCCAUGCACCGUCAUGCAGAGAUCGACCAUGUGUUGCUGGCACCACUCGUUGAUUUCAUUUACAAAAAGACACGCGGCAAUCCAUUCUACGCCCGACAAUUACUUGCGACGCUGGAAAAGAAAGGAUUGCUCUAUUUUACGUGGGAGCAAGGUCGUUGGGAAUACAAUCUUCAAGAGAUUGAAAAGGCUCUUUUGCAUGAGAUGGGUGAAAAGAAUGCUGAUAUCGAUGUUGAGUUUUUGGUGCGACGACUCAAAGAAUUACCACCGGAUGGACGCAAGUUUCUCAAAUGGGCAUCCUUCAUUGGCAACAAUUUCUCAUUUGAAACGGUGCGACAUUUGAUGAUGGAAUGUGAAAAUGAUAGUUCAGCAUCUGAAUUCGAUAGCGACAAUGAAGGAGAAGAGGAGUUCUCACCCUUAUCAACAUCACCACGCAAGGAAGGUGCCUUUGACAUGAUUCGCAGGAAUGAUGCCGUCAAUGGUUUGCAAUCAGCAUUACAACAAGGCUUUAUUGAACCGUUUUCGCAUGAUGAAUUUGGAUUCAGCCAUGAUCGAUAUUCUCAAGCUGCCAUGAUGCUUGCCAAGCCUGAAAAGCGUGACCUAGUCCAUCUCAAGAUCGCAUCGUACUUCAUGAACCAACCCAAUGUCGACAUGUUUUGGGUAGCCGAUCACGUCAAAGCAGCUUUACACCUCAUCAAGCCUCUCGACAAAAAAGCCAAUCAUCGUGGAUUGCUUAUCCAGGCCGGUAACAAGGCGUAUGGAUCAGGUGCACACAAUCUCGCCUAUUCGUACUAUGCAAGUGCCCAAGAAUUGUUGAGCCAAGACCCAUGGACGGAUGGCUACGAUAGCGAGUAUCAACAAACAUUGCACUUGUAUACACGCCUUGCUGAAAUCAGCUGGUUUAUGGGAUAUGAUGCAACACCCGAUUUUAUCCAUUCCAUCCUGAGAAACGCCAAAUCAGCCAUUGAUCGUGCUGCAGCCUAUCGCAUACUCCAUCGUUAUUACUUUUCACGCAAGGAGCACCAAAAGAAAUCAUCCAUCUUGCUCAAUUGCUUGGCAGAGCUUGGUAUCGACAAUGUGGUGCUUGAUCUUACGGACAAAGAGUUGCUUGCAUUAUACGAAGAUACUCGUAGCGAAGUUCUACGUGUUGGCUUGGACAAGAUGUCAGAUUUGCCUGUAUGUGACAGUCGCCUUAUCCGUACCCGAUUAUCCAUUCUUGAAGAAGUUUGUUUAUGGGCAUAUUGGAUGAAUGAUACCAAGGCCAUUCUUUCCAUUGGAUCACGAUUGGUGGUCAUGACGCUACAACAUGGUGCAUCCCCUACAACAGGUGUUGGCUUUGUGUUCUUUGGCAUAGCAGCAAUGCAGAUUUACAAGGCAUAUGAAUUUGGUCAGCAAAUCGGUGCUGUGGGUGUUUCUCUUUGCGAUAAGUAUGGUGGCAACUCUGAAUCAGCGCGUGCAAGGUACCUCUAUGGCGCAUUCUUGAGUUCAUGGAAAUAUCAUUAUCGGGAUUCGUUGCCCAUGUUCCGCAUAUCGCUCAAGCAAAGUCUUCUUGGUGGUGACCGAAUCUAUGCCACGUUCUCGCACUUGCAUAUUGUAAUGGGUAUGUUGCUGGGUGGUAGUGAGCACAUGUCGGACACCCUACGCGAAGCCAAGUUGUGUUUGGAAGAAGUCAUCAGAUGGAACGAAUCCAUUGGCACAUCGAUACUUGUGACAGCUAUCAUGCGUAUGGUGCUUGCAUUACAAGGCAAAACGUACCUUACUCAAGACCGGAUCUUUGACGACAAGGAUUUUCAAGACGAGAUUUUCGUGGCGGAUAUGUAUGAGCAGAAUCCCGAUUCCGGUUUGCCCAUGUUUUGGUACUUUGCACUCAAAUUGAUUGCAUUGGUCAUUUACGGCUAUGACGAGGCUGCUUUCAAGAUUGGACAAGAAUACGCUCAAUUGGCCAAUAUGCAACCAUCCCAUCGACAUACGCAUCUCAUGCUUUUCUUCCAUUGCUUGGCCAUGGUCAGACUUAUCCGUAAUGGCAAAGGCGACAAGACGACGCUUAUGGAGCAAAUUGAAAAGCACCGUAACACGCUUCAAGAAUGGGCACGGCACUCACCUGUCAAUUUGCAAAUGUUUGUGUCACUGAUUGAUGCUGAGCUUGCAUCAUUCAAGAACGACAUGAGGCGCACGGAGCAAUUGUAUGACCUUGCCAUUGAUCAAGCCAAGAGCGGCGAUUGGGGUUUGGAGACCAAUGUUAUGUAUGAAUUUGCAGGCGAAUAUUAUCUUCGCAUUGGUGCUCGACACGUGGGCGCACUCUUGAUUGAAAAGGCGAUCAGUGGAUAUCGACAUCAAGGCUGCUAUGGCAAAGCUACUCAACUUGAACAACUCCACAACAUGAAGCGUGACAAGGAUGCAUUUGGUCAUCAUGUGAGCGUGCAAACGGACACACAUGUAGUGAGCCCACGACGUGAUUCAUUUGGUGAUAUCAGCCUUUCCGAAUCGUAUUCAGUGGACAUGUCAACCUCAGGGCAAACAUCCCCAGAAGAAACAUUGUUGACAUUGGACGUUGUUGACUUGGCAUCCAUUCUCAAGAGCUCUCAAGUGAUUUCAAGCGAGAUGAACUUUGAAUUGUUGAUGGAGCAAAUGCUGGCUAUUAUUCUUGAAAACUCGGGUGCCGAAUCGGGUGUCAUCAUCAUCAAGGAAAACACAUCCUUUUUGAUUGUAGCACGUGGAUCACAAUCCGAUGGAUGCGAGAUUUUGAAGUCACCCAAAUUGUUGUCAGAAGAUGGACCAUCGAUGGUCAGCCGUGUGGCACGCUAUGCUAUCCACACCCAAGAAUCCCUCUUGAUCCCUGAUAUUCAACAAGAUCCCCGGUUCUCUGAUUUUGCUGGUGCCAACAAGUCCGUUAUUUGUGUACCCAUCACUCACAAAUCAGCCAUUGUUGGAUGCAUUUACAUUGAAGGAUCCAUUGGUUCACUCACUGCACGACAUGAAGUGGUAUUGCGCUUGCUAUCACAGCAAAUUGGCAUCUCCGUCACCAAUGCAUUGCUCUUCAAGAGUAUCCAAAAAGUCACCUAUGCCAAUGUCAAGAUGAUUGAGAGUCAAAAGGCCGCCUUGGAAGAAGCACGCAAGAGUAAAGAGGCUGCUUUACGUGCCAUGAAGCUCAAGGCUGAUUUUCUUGCCAACAUGUCCCAUGAAUUGCGUACACCCUUUUCUGGUUUCUAUGGCAUGAUCUCAUUGUUAUUGGAAACAUCGCUGGAUGCUGAACAAGCCGACAUUGUCCAUACCGCCAAAGAAUCAUGCGAGAUGCUUUUGAAGAUUAUCAAUGAUCUCCUUAACUUUUCAAAGUUGGAAGCUGGCAAGGUUGUACCUGAUAUUGGCCCACUCAGUGUUGAAGAGGUGAUUGCCGACACGUUUGAGAUUCUCAGUUCAUUGGCAGCCCGCAAAGGUUUGGAGCUUGCUUAUAUUGUUGAAGCCGAUGUUCCUGAGACUGUUAUGGGCGACUCUUCACGAUUGCGACAAAUCCUUACCAAUCUCCUUGGCAACGCUAUCAAGUUCACGCAUGAAGGCGGUGUCGUGAUUAAAUGUGGAUUGGACGAGGAGCUUGAAGAUGAUCACGUGAGGCUCAAGUUUGAAGUGAUUGAUACUGGUAUUGGUAUCGAGCCUGAACAGCAGCGUAACCUAUUUGAGCCAUUUUCACAAGUGGAUGGAAGCACGACACGCAUGUAUGGUGGUACCGGCUUAGGCUUAUCGAUUUGUCUUCAGCUGGUGCGAUUGAUGAUGGGCACAGUAGGCGUCAUUUCCGAACCCAACAAAGGAUCCAACUUUUGGUUCUCGGUGGUGGUUCAGCGUGUACGAGUAGCCGAAGAAGAAACACGACCAACGCCCAGCAUGCAAUUACGAGAAAGCAGCAUCUUGCUUGCUACACCACGUGACGCCACGGCCAACAUGUUGGGACGCUUACUUGGUGAUUUGCAAUUGAAACGCACGACUACAGAUAUGCAACAUGCCAUUGCACAAGCACUUCAAGAACGACAUGAUAUUUUGCUAUUGGAUAUCCCGCCUAUGCCCAGUAGCUACAUUGCUCAGCAAUUGCAAAGUGUGGACGAUGAUCCUGAGUGCGAUUUACACAUCAUCCUGCUCUAUACUCCUGCUACUGAAGGACACAAAGUGGCUGCUGAAGCGACCAAUUCUGCAUCUGAUCGACGUGGUCGUAUUAUGAAAAUGGCUAAACCUGCAAGACGUCUCAAGCUUUUGCGUGUUUUGGAACAAGUAUUGAGUCAUCCACGCCUUACAAUCCAAACAUCCAAUUCUUUCCAAGGCAGCAGCAGUAGUAGUAAUCCACAACCAUCAACAUCCAUAUCUUCACCUCCUUCGGCUAUUACAAGUACCAGCAACGCCCCAAACAAUCAACAAUCUCCUCCUUCACCACCGUCUUCACAACAGCAACAACAACAGGAACCUGCACCUGCACCUGUACCACGCCCUACAAGAACAUCGUCUACAAGUAGUGGCACUAGCAAUAACAACAGCAGCGGCAGUGGUACCAAAAUGACCGAUCAUUUCUAUCCACAUGAGCUGGAAUGGUUCAAGGACAAGCCUGUAUUGAUUGCUGAAGACAACAUGGUGGCACAAAAGCUCCUUCGUAAACAAUUGGAAAAGAUGGGCUUUGUCGUUGAAAGUGCCAACAAUGGUGAAGAGGCUGUACAGCUCUGGCAACAACGACCCAAGGAUCAUUUCGUGAUUGGUUUCUUUGAUCAUCAUAUGCCAAAAUGUGAUGGUGUUGAAGCUACACGCAAAAUCCGUCAACUCGAAUCAUCGAAUAACGUUGAAAGCAGCAGCAGCAGCAGCACCAGUACUACAACCACGACCACCACUGAUUUGGCAUCAUGCUCAUCAUCCUUAUCCUCCACAAGCUCAACAGCAUGCCCACCAACACCUCAGCGAUUACCUAUUGUUGCACUUACAGCUGAUGUACAAACCACUGCACGUGAUGUGUGUGUCAAUGCUGGUAUGGAUGGCUAUCUCACCAAGCCAUUGAUUCCCAAAGAUCUCGCUGUCACUUUACGUCAACUUUGUCCUUCUCUCUCCUCCACAGCAUCCACUCCCACUAGCACAACUCCUUGUUCUUAG